CAACCCCUGGGAAGCCAGCAGCUGACGCGAGAUCGGCACUUGGAUAGUCUCGCCGGUGCCACCCUUGGCUGUCUACUGCGCAUGCGAGUCAUCCGGCCGUCCUCCUGAGUCCUGAGAUGAGAGGCUGAACCGAAGGAGGAAAUGGUAGCUUUGCACUGCAGCUGUGCAGGCAGUGGGAAUGCUAAGUGUGUGUGAAGCGGUACUGGCGAUGGGGCAGAGCAGGCGGCAGGGAGAAUCCUGUGUAUUGUUGCUGCUGCUGCUGCAGGCACUUGGGAACUUGGCCGCAGCGAGCGAUGGGGCGACUGGUCAGCUGCCUCUUGUCAUGAACACCUGGGCAUUUAGGAAAGCAACGGAAACAGCUUGGAGUACCUUGUAUGCAGGAGGCUCUGAACUGGAUGCCGUAGAAAAAGGCUGUAGCCAAUGUGAGAUUGACCAAUGUGAUGGAAGUGUGGGCUAUGGAGGAAGUCCAGAUGAGCAUGGAGAAACAACACUGGAUGCAAUGAUUAUGGAUGGUGACACUAUGGAAGUUGGAGCAGUAGCAGAUCUCAGACGCAUUAAAAAUGCUAUUGGUGUUGCACGAAAAGUCAUACAACAUACUAAGCACACCUUAUUGGUUGGAGAAUCAGCUUCCCUGUUUGCCGAAAGCAUGGGCUUUCCAAGUGAAGACUUGACUACACAGAACUCGCUUUCAAUAUAUAUAAAGUGGCUUAAUCAAAGCUGUCAGCCAAACUUCUGGAAGAAUGUUACACCAGAUGCUUCAAGUUCAUGUGGGCCAUACAAACAGACUAAAGAGUUCAAUAAAGAAAAAUGGACCAUCUCAAAGAGAAGAAUAGAAGUUCAUAAUCAUGAUACUAUUGGAAUGAUUGUGAUUGGUGAGACUGGAAGUGUUGCUGCAGGAACAUCUACAAAUGGGGCAGAUCACAAAAUCCAAGGACGUGUAGGUGAUUCUCCGAUAGCUGGAGCUGGAGCAUAUGCUGACAGUACUGCUGGAGCCGCAGCUGCCACCGGUGAUGGGGAUGUUAUGAUGCGUUUCUUGCCCAGCUAUCAAGCAGUGGAGUACAUGCGAACUGGAAUGGACCCAACAAUAGCAUGCCAGAAAGUUAUUUCUAGAAUUCAGAAGUAUGUCCCAUUUUUCUUUGGUGCUGUUAUUUGUGCCAACACAACUGGAAGCUAUGGUGCUGCCUGCAGUAAAGUUCCAGGAUUUGCACAGUUUCACUUUAUGGCUUCUAAUCCAAUUCUGAUGCAACCAACUGAGCAAAAGGUGGACUGCAUUUAACACGUUUCUCUCUAAAACAAGCAUCUUUACUUAUGACAAUGGACAAAAUGAAGGCUAAAUAAAGCUUUUGGAACUUCCAGUGUUAUAAUUAAUUGCACACUUAGCUUUUACAUAAAUACUGGGGGGGAAAUAAAUGUGUGCCAAAUAGCUUAAUUACCUGUCUAAUUAAGCUUUAUUCUUUCCUAUUGAAAUGCUUAAGUACACUUGAACAAAUUCAGAAGACUGGCAACUUUUUGCUCAAAUACUACUAAGACUACUUACCAGCUUAAAGAGAAGACAAGUGAAGAUAUGCCAAGUGACUUUGAACAAACCAACAAAAUAAUCUGCUUCUGCAAAUAUAUUUUGAAAUGUCUAGGUAAAUAAGGAAUAUCCCUGGGUACAUUCCUGAAAUGAAGCACUUGUUGAGUGUGACCAUUAUUCCAGUAACAGCUGAAAAUGUGUUUUCAUGACUGGCCUUCGGUCUAGUUCAUGCACAUCCCUAAUCCCCAUGGGCUCAAGGUUUCUUUUUUCAUUGUUUCAUUUCUCUGUUCUCGGCAAUAGUCCAAUAUGGAACCCCUGCAAAAAGAGGGGGGCCUCCUGUAUUACUUUUAUCUAGAAAUAUAUGAACACUUUUAAAAUAAAGCAUUCCUUGUUACAGUUAACAAAAUACUACCUCUUCCCCUCUUAAAUACUAAUAGUUCUGAAGCAAAGGACAUUCCAGCUCAUACAGGUUCUUGAAUUCAUUUUCCUGUCUUCUCUAAAUCAUGUUGCUGUUUUCUCUAAAUAUUGUAAUGCAACAAUCAUCUUAAUACUUCAGAUCUCUCAUGGAUCUUCUAAUUUCUGAUAGUCUGCCGUAAAUCUCUGACCUUGAGAUGGUUGCUGUUGCUCAGCCUAAUCUUUAUUAUAAGGUUAUGAGAGAAUAAAGUGCCAUAAACUAAUGUGUGUUUCACCCUGUUGCACCUUAAAGAUACAAAUGUGAUAACACUGUCGCAGCAGGUCCUUUCUCAUAUAGCUGUUCAUUUUCUCUGUUGCCCUAUACAGUCUACCGGGACAAAAUACUCUCCACCAAACACCCUUCCUGAACAUUUCAUAGGAAAAUAAUUCUGGGAAAUAAGUACCCAAACAUGUCAGAGCAGACGAUGUGUCUACACAUAGCACUGAGAAGACUUCUACCUCAUGAGCCUCUUGGUCUGCUGUUCUGAGAGAUCCACAAAUGAAACAGCCUUAAUUCUAAGUCCCCUUUUUAUUACUUUCUUUCCUAGAUAUCUUUUUGAGCUUAAUCUUGUUCCCUCUUGGAAACACUGAGGCAUUGUAAGAGAGCUUAGGAUCUGGGUACCUCAGUGGCUGCCUUUUUCCAUAUGUUCUGCCAUGCCCUCUAAUCCGUAACAGAAGUUGUCCAACUGAGUUAUGGCCAGUGCACAUGAGGGAAAAGAGUCUUCAUGACCAUGAUGCCACAAUAGUGAAAUGCCUUUCCCAAGGAAGCCCAUCUAUCUCCAGUUUUAAGUUGGUUUUGUUUAAAUUUGGUUAAAACAAAAUGUGAGAGAAGGCUGUUGAAGUCUUCCACUCUGCCGCUGCUGUGACUGGGAAUAAGCCCCCUUGUUCUGCUGAUAGAGUCUGAUUUGCUGCUAUUGUAUUCCUGAUUUAAAAUAUGUGUCUCCUCUGUUCCAGAGUUCAGCUGCAGCAACUGGCCUAUCUCUGUCCAAAUCCCUUCCCUUGGUUCCCAGGUGCAGAGUCCUUCCUAUCUUAUGGGGCUGUGCGUGCUCACAUGCAGAAACAUAGCUUAUCUAGUAAAAGUGGAUGAGUUCUUAAAAUGUAUACAGCUCAGAAAUACUUGUUUGCAUUGGUGGUGUUUAAGGAACAGUUUUUCAGUUGAUUAUUUUUUGCCAGUAUUAACUAUGCUCUUGUAAUGAAAUUUGUGCAAUGUUUUUAUCUGCUUAUUGAGCCGUCUCCUUUCCUUGAUUUAAGUUUCUGCUGUGCCUUUGUCAGUUAUGUGAAAAAGCAAUUGCGUGUUAGAAUCUCUCCUUUAAAAAAGAUCCUAAUGCAACACUUCAGACAAUGUAAACUAUUCCUCAAUAGUCUCUGUGUUUGUUGCUAGACAUCUUUUUUUUUUAAUGCUCCGAUAUUUCUACUUGAAAGGCUUAUCCAUUCAUUGACAUUAUUUAGGUGAUCAAGACAUACUGCUUUUAAUAAGAAUUGAGUAAUGGUGUCUCUCUGGAUACUCUAUGUGGCCUUGAAAGUUGGAAAAUAUUCCAAGGAAAAAUAAAUAUCUUUUAUAUGUUU